CGAUCUAACACAGGCUCCAUCUUCUUUCGCUGUCGAAUCUUCCUCUUUAAGUCACGUGCCACUUCCACGUCCGGCCCGGCCCGGGCGACGACUAACAGCCCCGCACUAGCUUCAUACACCCUAGCUCGCGUGAGCCCCCACCCCUUCAACAUCUCCGCCGACCUCGAACCCGAUCUUCGUCCUCGACGGUCCCCCUUUUAUACUCCAUACAACAACUCAUCUAUCCACUACCUCCGCUCUCAAUUCAAAAUGCCCUCCGCCGCCGACCUUCUGUCGGACCCCGAAAUUGCGCAAGCCUACGAGGACGUGCGGUCUGACAAGUCGCCGACCACGUGGCUGGUCCUGAAGUAUGCAUCGGCAACUUCGGAUUCGCUAAAACUGGAUGGGACUGGGACGGGAGAUAUCGCAGAGAUGACGGCAACGCUGGGGAACGACGAGGCGGCAUAUGCGUAUGUGAGGAUGAAGGUUGGGAAUGAUGAGUACUCGGAGCGGACGAAGUUUGUUUUCGUGGUUUGGGCUGGUCCCAACACAAAAGUCAUGCGCAAAGCCAAAAUGUCAUUCCAGAGCGGACAAGUUAAGCAGGUGAUACGAACCUACGCCGUGGAGAUCCAAACAAGCGACAAGAAAGAGUUGGACGCUGCCACGGUGACGAUGAAAUUGAGACGGGCAAUGGGUGCUAAUUAUGAUAGACAACGGUCGGAUUACUGAUUUUUGAUGAACACAAGAAUGAAAUUUUCUCAAACAUGAG